GAUUGGCGGUUGCCGUUGGCGUCCGGAGCGCGGGCGCACGGCCGGGGAGCGGCGGCGGGGGCAGCGCUCGCGGGGCUUUGCGGGCCGCGGGAGCCCUGCUGCCGCCAUGUCCUGGGGGCUACCCAAAGAUUCUGCAAGAGGAUACUGUCAGUAUAACAUCUGCAGAGGAGAGAGAAACUACUCCCGUUUUUCCUCUCCUGACUUUUACUCCAGUCUUGGGUUGGAAGACUUCCUCUCUGUAGGUGACACUUCUGGAACAGAGGAGGAUACAGACUCAGCUAUCUUAUAUGGAACUUUGCGAGGAAGUGUUGUUGGAUUACGAUACUACACGGGGAUUGUUAAUAAUAAUGAAAUGGUUGCACUUCAGAGGGAGCCCAAUAAUCCUUAUGAUAAAAAUGCAGUGAAAGUAAAUAAUGUGAAUGGAGACCAGGUAGGCCAUAUAAAAAAAGAACUAGCGGCAGCAUUGGCAGGCAUUAUGGACAACAAACUAGCAUUAAUUGAAGGGGUUGUCCCUUAUGGAGCAAAAAAUGCGUUUACCAUGCCUGUACAAAUGAGCUUUUGGGGAAGAGAAGAAAACAAGGAAGCAGUGCUAGAUCAGCUAAAAAGGCACGGAUUUAAAUUGGCUCCUCCUCUGAAAGUAGGUUCAGAAUGUGGUUUUGGAUCAAAGUGGAUUUCUGGGAGAGCUGGUCCAAGUUACAGUGCUCCGGUUCAUGCUGCUGUGCAGUUGACAACUGAACAGCUUAAAAGUGAAUUUGACAAAUUGUUUGAGGAUCUGAAGGAAGAUGAUAAAACUUGUGAAAUGGAAGGAGCAGAGGCAGUUGGCACACCCUUGCUUCCCCAUCAGAAGCAGGCUUUAGCUUGGAUGGUUUCACGUGAGAACAGUAAUGAUUUGCCACCCUUUUGGGAAGAGAGAAGUAACUUCUACUACAAUAUACUUACAAACUUUGCAGAAAAGAGGCGACCUAAAAAUGUUCUUGGAGGAAUACUGGCUGAUGAUAUGGGACUGGGUAAAACGCUUACUACUAUUGCAUUGAUUCUCACAAAUUUUCAAGAUAGCAAGCCUCUUCCUGUUGAAAAGAUCACAAGUGAUAAGUUUUAUGAGGAAUCUGGUACUAACAGCAUGAACAGCGUUGGACGCAGACUAUGUAAAGACUCUAGCAAUGUGAUGGAGCCUGGUGUUUCUACCAUAAAAAAGUUUGAAACUACUCCGUUGAAAUACUCGAGUUGUCUUCCAAAAAGACGAUAUCUUAGAGAGAAAGCCAAGAAACCCAGAUAUUCAGGAAGCAGUGACUUGGGAGAGUCUGACCAAUGGCUACUGCAACAAACAGAAACAACUUCCUGUGUUGUCCAAGAAGAUACAGGCUUUGCAUCUGUUCUUCUGCCUUCAUCUACUUGUUUAAAAAGACAAACAAAAAGAAAAGGUACCGCUAGCGUUCAGUGUGUUGAGAAGAAAUAUUCUGAUGAUGGCCCCAGGGCAACACUGAUUGUAUGUCCACUCUCUGUCCUGAGCAAUUGGAUUGGCCAGUUUGAACAACAUAUCCACCAAGAUUUUCAUGUAAAUAUUUAUGUUUAUUACGGUUCUGACCGUAGCAAAGACCCAUCAGUUCUUUCAGAACAAGACAUCGUACUGACAACAUACAACAUCUUAGCUACUGAUUACGGAAUCAGAGGUGACAGCCCUUUACAUAAAGUCAAGUGGCUGAGAAUUGUGUUGGAUGAGGGGCACACUAUACGAAAUCCAAAUGCUCAGCAAACUAAAGCUGCCUUAAAUCUGGAGGGACACAGAAGAUGGGUACUUACAGGCACUCCUAUUCAGAAUUCUGUAAAGGAUUUGUGGUCUCUUAUUUCCUUCUUAAAACUGAAACCUUUUACUGAUCGAGAGUGGUGGCACAGAACAAUUCAACGUCCAGUCACAAUGGGAGCUCCAGGAGGACUUGGGCGUUUACAGUCUCUGAUUAGGAGCAUUACCCUUAGAAGAACUAAAACAAGUAAAGUUAAAGGAAAACCCAUUCUGGAGUUACCAGAACGUAAAGUACUUAUUCAGCAUGUUAUAUUGACAGAGGAAGAGAGACAAAUCUAUCAGUCUGUGAAGAAGGAGGGCAAAGCUGCUAUUAGCAGAUUUUUCAGUGAAGGGACUGUACUAGCUCACUAUGCUGACAUCCUUGGUGUUCUGCUCAGAUUGAGGCAGCUUUGUUGUCAUCCUCAUCUCUGUAUAAAUGCAUCUUCUAGUUUUUCAGCUGAUAAUAAAACCCCUCAAGAACUGCCUGAGACAUUAGUGAGUAAAAUGAAGUUGGUUCUGAGCUCUGGUUCAGAUGAAGAAUGUGCAGUUUGCUUGGAAUCACUGACUCUUCCUGUGAUAACACGCUGCGCGCAUGUCUUUUGUAAGCCAUGUAUUUUUGAAGUCAUCAGAAGUGAACAGCCAAAUGCCAAAUGCCCUCUCUGUAGGAAUGAGCUUAGAGUAGAGCACUUGGUGGAAUGUCCCCUAGAAGAGGAAAUAGACUCCAGUAAUGGAAAGAAGUCUGAUCAGGAGUGGAUAUCCAGUUCAAAGAUAAAUGCUCUCAUGCAUGCUUUGAUAGAACUACGGAGGGAUAAUCCAACUGCUAAAUGUCUGGUUGUUUCUCAGUUCACAACUUUCCUGUCGCUAAUAGAAAAUCCCUUGAAAGAAUCAGGGUUUGCCUUCACUCGUUUGGAUGGCUCAAUGGCACAGAAGAAAAGAGUAGAAGCAAUUCAUUGUUUCCAAAGCAGCCAAGCAGGAUCCCCAACUGUAAUGCUUUUGUCUCUGAAAGCAGGUGGAGUUGGAUUAAAUCUGACAGCAGCUUCCCGAGUGUUUUUAAUGGAUCCUGCUUGGAAUCCUGCUGCAGAAGACCAGUGUUUUGACAGGUGUCACAGGCUGGGUCAGAAGCAUAAUGUUGUUAUUACUAAGUUCAUAGUGAAGGAUUCAGUGGAAGAAAAUAUGCUGAAAAUUCAGAACAAGAAGAGGGAACUUGCAGCAGGAGCCUUUGCUACCAAAAAACCUUCAGCAAGUGAAGUAAAACAAACCAAAAUUAAUGAAAUUAAGGCUCUAAUUGACUUAUAGCUUGAAACUGGUAUUUUGAGUAAAUAAUAUAUUUAAUAUUUUAGUUAAUACUGCUGUUCAAGUUACAUGUCUUGUGCUAACUUCUGGUUUUGCUGUCUUUGCUGUCAAAACAUAAAUGCUUCAAAUAAAAUAUAAAAACUGAUUUGCUCCUAAAUGUUAAUUUAGAAAUGCACAAAACUUGUUUUGCACUCCUGAAAUCUUGCCAGUGUUCAUUUCUUUGAAAUGUUGCUUAUUAUGUACAAUGCUUAAGAAUACAUAAAAAUCUCUCAAAACAGAAA